AUGGCAUUUGUUGCAUUUAUAGACAAGACGAAUCAAGAUGUUGACAACUUAGUAGAACUCAGUCUACCUUGUCCGAGAUCAAAUAGGAUUGCUAUCUAUUUUCAUAAUCAUUUAAAUCAAUUAUUUGAAAUACAAAGGAUCACCGGCCCAGGAAGAAAGAGUUCUUGGCUAAUUGAUGGCAAUAUGUACAAAGAUGGAGCUGUUCGAUUCAUUUCACCCAUAGAUUCAUUAUUUAUAUGUUUACCUGUAUUAGAAAGAGCAUCUGUAGGAAACCAGUUUCGUACAUUGGAUGAUAUCUUUACCAGAGACAAUGUCACUAUUGAACAUGAUGAAGAAGACAAUGAUGACGAUAGGCCCAUUGAUGUUCAUAGGCUGAUCAACUUUGUUUCCGAAGAUCAACUAAAACACUUGUGUGAUGUACAGGAUGUGGGCGUACUUGUAUAUAGACUAAAUGAAGACCUUGUAUUAAAUUGGCUUCUUAAGAAAGUGAAUCGAGUAUUAGCAAAUGAUACUUUCAAGAGAUGCUUUGAACAAACAGGACAAGCUGAAGAAUACAUGAAAUUAGAAGCUGUAUAUACCAUUGCCAAUUAUUUAUCACAAGCUUGGUUCAAAAAAUUAUUAAACAAGAUGGGUCUAGAAGAAGUUAAGGAAGAACAACAAAACGAACUAACAAACUAUGCUACUGACGUUUCACCGACUUCUUAUUUUAAACGUACAAGUUAUGAAGAAAGAAUGAUGGAUGCUGACACGCCAAAGAAAAAGAAAGCAGCUGUACCAAGGAGUUUAGCAAAAGUGAAUACCAAAGGCAUGAAAACAUUGACAAGCUUCUUUACUAAAAAAUAG